AUCUUCUUUGGUGGCCGACUAUCUUUUUCGGGUGCUCAAUUAAUAUUCUUUGCUUGGAUCGCCGACUAAACUUAAAGUCAUCGAUUCUCCUUCUUAUGAAUUUUUUAUUUAGAUAGAGCUGGAUCGGAUUGGACAGUCUCUUUUUGUGAAAUGUGGUUUGAUUUCUGCUAGUAUGUGUCGAUGCAAAUAUUGAACCAACGCUUUGGCUGAUUGAAGCUAUUCUUUUGGUGAUCAAAGUUGCUUUCUAUAUUGUGGGCUACUUAAUCAUUGAAAAUGUGGGUAUCGGAGCUUGGGUGCGCUGUCCUAGUGCUAUGUACUGUCUUGACUAUUGGGAAGGCGGAGAUUUACAUAGCCACAAUCGAAGGAGAGCCUAUCAUAAGUUACAAAGGCGGGGUUGACGGUUUUGAAGCCAUAGCUGUGGAAUCCGAUGAGAAGAUUGACACCACCAGUGAAAUGGUUACAUCCUACGCACGUCACCUUGAAAAGAAACAUGAUAUGCUUCUUGGGAUGCUGUUUGAGCAUGGGACCUACAAGAAGCUUUAUAGCUAUCGACAUCUCAUAAAUGGUUUUGCAGUUCACAUUUCCCCUGAGCAGGCAGAAAUCCUGAGACGUGCACCUGGUGUGAGAUCUGUGGAGAGAGAUUGGAAGGUGAGGAAACUUACAAUACAUACGCCACAGUUUUUGGGGCUUCCGACUGGAGUAUGGCCAACGGGCGGUGGAUUUGAUAAGGCUGGAGAAAACAUUGUAAUUGGAUUUGUGGACUCAGGGAUCUAUCCCCACCAUCCAAGCUUUGCGACCUAUAAUACUGAGCCAUAUGGACCUGUGCCAAAGUACAGAGGAAAAUGUGAACUUGAUCCUGACACUAAGAGGGAUUUCUGCAAUGGGAAGAUUAUUGGAGCACAGCAUUUUGCUGAAGCUGCCAUAGCUGCAGGGCAAUUUAACCCUUCUGUUGAUUUUGCUUCUCCUAUGGAUGGUGAUGGACAUGGAAGUCACACAGCAGCUAUUGCUGCUGGAAAUAAUGGAAUACCUGUUAGAAUGCAUGGCCAUGAAUUUGGGAAGGCAAGUGGAAUGGCUCCCCGUGCCAGGAUUGCUGUGUACAAGGCACUCUACAGGUAUUUUGGAGGGUAUGUUGCGGAUGUAGUUGCUGCAAUUGAUCAGGCUGUUUAUGAUGGGGUGGAUAUACUCAACCUCUCAGUAGGGCCAAACAGUCCUCCAGCAGAUACCAAGAUCACAUUUUUAAAUCCUUUUGAUGCUACACUUCUUUCAGCUGUCAAAGCUGGUGUAUUUGUGGCACAGGCAGCCGGAAAUGGAGGCCCUUUUUCUAAAACUUUGGUUUCUUACAGCCCAUGGAUAGCAUCUGUGGCAGCUGCAAUUGAUGAUCGCAGAUACAAAAACCAUUUAACUCUUGGAAAUGGAAAAAUUCUAGCUGGGAUUGGGUUGUCUCCUGCUACGGAUCCUAAACAAUCAUUUACCUUGGUUGCUGCAAAUGAUGUACUUUUGGAUUCUUCAGUAAUGAAGUACAGCCCCGCAGACUGCCAGAGACCUGAGGUCCUAAACAAGAACUUGGUUCGGGGGAAUAUUCUUCUUUGUGGCUAUUCCUUUAACUUUGUUGUUGGCAGUGCAUCGGUCAAGAAAGUCGCAGAAACAGCCAAGAGCCUUGGUGCCAUUGGCUUUGUUUUAGCCGUGGAAAAUGUUUCUCCAGGGACAAAAUUUGAUCCUGUUCCCAUUGGCAUUCCUGGGAUUCUUAUCACAGAUGUUAGCAAGUCAUUGGAUCUUAUAGACUAUUACAACAUCUCUACUCCAAGAGAUUGGACUGGAAGAGUGAGGAGCUUCAAAGCCACUGGUAGCAUUGGGGAUGGGCUGAUGCCUAUACUCCAUAAAUCCGCACCCCAGGUGGCAUUAUUUUCUGCUCGAGGGCCCAACAUAAAAGAUUUCAGCUUCCAAGAUGCAGAUCUUCUCAAACCAGACAUCCGCCCUGGUUCUCUUAUUUGGGCUGCUUGGUCUCCAAAUGGCACGGAUGAGCCUAACUAUGUUGGAGAGGGAUUUGCCUUGAUAUCUGGAACUAGCAUGGCUGCACCACAUAUAGCAGGAAUAGCUGCUCUUGUAAAGCAGAAGCACCCUCAUUGGAGCCCUGCUGCCAUCAAGUCAGCCUUGAUGACAACUUCAACAACGUUGGACAGAGCAGGAAGACCUCUCCAAGCACAGCAAAAUUCUGAUAAAGAAGUCAUGACGUUUGUCACUGCUACACCUUUUGAUUAUGGCAGUGGCCAUGUCAAUCCAAGAGCUGCUCUCAACCCUGGACUUAUUUUUGAUGCAGGAUAUGAGGAUUACUUAGGGUUCCUAUGCACGACCCCCGGAAUUGAUGCUCACGAGAUAAAGAACUACACAAGCUCGCCCUGCAACUACACCAUGGGCCACCCAUGGAACCUCAACACUCCAUCAAUCACAGUCUCCCAUCUUGUUAGAACUCAAACUGUUACUCGCACAGUGACGAAUGUAGCUGAGGAAGAAACCUAUGUAAUCAGAACCAGAAUGGCACCAGCCAUUGCCAUUGAAGCCAGCCCUCGAGCAAUGACUCUGCUUCCCGGUGCAUCACGAAAAUUCUCUGUGACUCUCACUGUCAGGUCAGUGACUGGAACAUACAGUUUCGGAGAGGUUUUAAUGCAAGGCAGCCGAGGGCACAAGGUGAGGAUCCCAGUGGUAGCUAUGGGAUACCGAAGGUAGUCGACUUGGGGGAUCAUAUAUUGGAUUGGUCAAUCAGAAAAUUAUGGGUUGUGGUGGUAAUAUUCUUUGUAAUAUGUGGGAAUAAGAGGCUAGAUAUAUUUUCUGGAAUAUACAUAUAUAUAUUGGAUCGCUGUAAAGAUAACUGGUAUAAAGGGGGAGACUUCUUCCAAGUUUCUUCCACUGAUAAGUUUUGCUAAAUUGUUAGUGAUUUGGUGGAAUGCUUCCUCACCUUCUAUUUUGAUA